GUUGAGGGGCUCCAGGCAGAUCUCAUAAUGCAGAGGAAACUGGUUUAUCCAUUUCCUCUUUGGUUUGUAAAGCCUGUUUUGGGACCUGUAGCCUGGAGAUUUCUUAGAGAUUUGGGAGGGAUGAAAUCUCCAAUCCUGGGCCCACAUUUUGGGAGCAGCCAGCGUGCUGAUUGCACAGGUGUGUGCAGGCCUUUUAGGGGAAGCCAGGCCAUGAUUCUGGGCUCCACCCCGGCAGACGGAGUCAGGAGGGCUCCACCCCGGCAGACAGGAGGUCUCUGCCUUGGAGUCAGGAGGUCUCUGCCUUGGAGUCAGGUGAAAGCCAGACUAGCUGUGUGCUAGUGGCCAUAAUUUGGGAAGUCUGCAGGAGACAGACAGUGAACUGUGUACAAGCCAGGAGGCUGAAUCUUUGUUGGUAUUUCUUGAUGGUGGAUACCCCUCUGCGUGGAAGCAUUUGUGUUAUUUGAACUUUCUUUAAAUAAAAGUGGGCAAAAAAGCCCUUAAAGAAGCGAGUUGCUGUGUGCUUAAACAAGAAAAGCUCUACCAGUUGAAGCGAGUUCCCACAAUAU